AUGGCCUACCUUGCCUCCUCCUCCUCCUCGCCGCUGGCUUCGAACCCUACCCCCCACGCCCGCUCUCCUCCGCCGCCUCAAAGGGAAAGGGGGCGAGGGAAGGUGGUGACUGUGAUGGGCGGCGGCAAGUCGCGGCUGGCCGUCGACCUCGCGGGCCACGCACCUGGUGCUGUUACAAGUUUCAGUGCUGCUGCUGCUACAAGUUUCAGUGCUCUAGUUGGUCUGCUCAUGUUCAGUGGCUACUUGCUUCUUCUUCUUCUUUUGGGACUAGUGGCUACUCGCUUAGAGACCUGUGAAAUUCUUCUUUCCUUCUGGGCACAGAUUAUACAGGACAUAUUGGAUUGCGGUGGCCUCCCUGUUAUUGUCGGCGGUACAAACUUCUACAUCCAGGCUCUUGUUAGCCUGUUCCUAUUUGAUGAUAUGGCAGAAGAUAUGUACGACUGUACUUUGAGUGAUCACCGUGAUGACAUAGGCCUUGCCAAUGAUGAUGUAGGCAGUGGGUAUGAAUGCUUCAAGGGGAUUGAUCCUGUUGCAGCGCAAAGGAUUUAUCCAAACAAUAUUGUACAGAUAAAACGCUACCUUGAGUUUUAUGCAACAAAAGGUGCCCUACCAAGUGAUCUGUUCCAAGGAGAGGCUGCAGAGAAUUGGGGUCGGUCUAAUCACUCCAGAUUUGACUGCUGUUUCCUGUGGGUAGAUGCUGAUCUUCAUGUUCUGGAUAGUUAUGUCGACCAAAGAGUCGAUUGCGUGAUGGAUGCUGGGUUGCUGGAUGAAGUAUGCAAUAUAUAUGAUCCAGAUGCUGUUUAUACCCAAGGACUGCGGCAGGCCAUCGGGGUUCGUGAUUUUGAUGAGUUUUUCAGAUUAUAUUUAACAAGAACGGAAUCCAACGAGAAUGAGAUGGCUUUUUCGACAACUAUGUUAAAUAUACAUGAUGAUCAACUUAAGAGCUUGUUGGAUGAAGCUGUUUCCCAGCUAAAGGCAAACACUCGUAGACUUUUUUUCCUUCUCAAAUACGUUGGAGAGCUGCAUAUUUUUGUAUUAAAUAGAAGAACAAAGUACCUUUACAACGGCUGCAGUCCGGUCUAA